UGGAGGGGGGAGGUUUUUGUUGAGGAGAGCGCGGCCGGAGAGCAGAGCUCCGGGACCCAGGUGACCGGGAAAGCAGGCAGCCCCAGCGGCGGGAGCAGCCGGCAGCAGCCCAGGCCCGGGGACUGGGGUGGGGGUGGGAGGGGGGCUGAGGGGAGGACCUGAAGGGGGGCGGCAGGGCAAAAGGGACCCCUGAAGCCCUGCCGCCAUCAGAGAUCAAGCAUCUGGCAUCAGGGAUCUUCGGACCCAGCAGAAGGAUCCGUCACAGGGGAGGUGUCCUCCCAGGGAAGCCAACGAGACAUUCACCUGCCCCACAUCAGGAGUGGGCCCCCCUCACUGACGCUGCUGGCAACCAUAGCAGGCCCCUUAACCCCUCAGUCUCCUCCCUAUCACCCUCCUCAGGCCCUUUCCCCGCCUCCAGCUCUCAUCUCAACUCCCAGUUCCCAGCCCUCUAAGCCCCAGCGCCCCAGCUACCACCUCUCCCUCCAGGUCUUGGCCACACUCACCCCCAUCCUGGGACAUUUGCCAGAUCUCUGGGAGGGAGAUCGUUUGUUUGGGCGAUGCCCCCUGGUGGCAUGACAGCGUCUGCCUAGACCCUGACCCCUAGCCCUCAACUCCCUGGGCCUCCUUUGUGUGAAGAGCCGCCCCUCUGCUCAGCAGCGUGGUUGGGGGCCAAAGGGAAAGCCAGCCCCGGCUGGGCCCCCGGGCCCCACCACUUAUCUCCUUGCUGGGCAGCUCCCCUUGGCCUUUGGGUCUCUCCCUGCUCCCUCGGCCCUCCUCCUGGGCCGCCUCGAUGAAGGAGCCGGAUGCCAUCAAGCUGUUUGUGGGGCAGAUCCCGAGGCAUCUGGAGGAGAAGGACCUGAAGCCCAUCUUCGAACAGUUUGGUCGGAUCUUCGAGCUGACUGUCAUCAAGGACAAGUACACCGGGCUGCACAAGGGAUGUGCCUUCCUGACAUACUGUGCCCGGGAUUCAGCCCUGAAGGCCCAGAGCGCCCUACACGAACAGAAGACACUUCCAGGGAUGAACAGGCCGAUCCAGGUCAAGCCAGCCGACAGCGAGAGCCGAGGAGAAGACCGGAAGCUGUUUGUGGGGAUGCUAGGGAAGCAGCAGACAGAUGAGGAUGUCCGGAAGAUGUUUGAGCCCUUCGGCACCAUCGACGAGUGCACUGUGCUCCGGGGGCCAGAUGGCACUAGCAAAGGUUGCGCCUUCGUGAAGUUCCAGACCCACGCCGAGGCCCAGGCAGCCAUCAACACCCUUCACAGCAGCCGGACCCUGCCAGGUGCCUCGUCCAGCCUGGUGGUGAAGUUUGCUGACACUGAGAAGGAGCGGGGUCUCCGCCGCAUGCAGCAGGUGGCCACCCAGCUGGGCAUGUUCAGCCCCAUCGCCCUCCAGUUCGGAGCCUACAGCGCCUACACCCAGGCCCUGAUGCAGCAGCAGGCGGCCCUGGUAGCGGCUCACAGUGCCUACCUCAGCCCCAUGGCCACCAUGGCUGCUGUGCAGAUGCAGCACAUGGCUGCCAUCAAUGCCAAUGGCCUCAUCGCCACCCCCAUCACCCCAUCCUCAGGAACCAGCACCCCUCCUGCCAUCGCUGCCACGCCUGUCUCUGCCAUUCCGGCUGCCCUGGGCGUCAACGGCUACAGCCCAGUGCCCACUCAGCCCACUGGGCAGCCUGCCCCUGAUGCUCUGUAUCCCAACGGGGUUCACCCCUACCCAGCCCAGAGCCCCGCAGCUCCCGUGGACCCCCUGCAGCAGGCCUACGCGGGGAUGCAGCACUACACAGCAGCCUACCCAGCAGCCUACAGCCUGGUGGCGCCUGCAUUCCCGCAGCCUCCAGCCCUGGUCGCCCAGCAGCCCCCACCACCCCCUCAACAGCAGCAGCAGCAGCAGCAGCAGCAGCAGCAGCAGCAGCAGCAGCAACAGCAGCAAAGAGAAGGCCCUGAUGGCUGCAAUAUCUUCAUCUACCACCUGCCCCAGGAGUUCACUGACUCAGAGAUCCUCCAGAUGUUUGUCCCCUUUGGCCAUGUCAUCUCAGCCAAAGUCUUUGUUGACCGGGCCACCAAUCAGAGCAAAUGUUUUGGCUUUGUGAGUUUCGACAAUCCGGCCAGUGCCCAGGCUGCCAUCCAGGCCAUGAAUGGCUUCCAGAUCGGCAUGAAGCGCCUCAAAGUCCAGCUAAAGCGGCCUAAGGAUGCCAACCGGCCCUACUGAGGGCCCCCAGGUCUGGAGAUACCAGAGGAAGGGGCGCCUCACACCCUCCUCCCACGACUGGCCCCGGCCCUCUCCGCACACCUGCCCUGGGCCUUGACUGGGUUCUGGGGCAAACGCUGCUUCGUGGCCCCUGGGGGGCACAAGACACCGGCCCCUCCCACCCCCUGCCUCUCUGAAGGGCCGUGCUAUGCUUCCCUGCCUCCAAGGGCCAAUUUCCUCCUAGAUGCCCUUUUGGCCUUUGUGAGGGAGCGAGGAACAGGCUCGAAGGUUCCGGGGUAUCUGCCUUCUGCUGGGCUCCUGUGACGGGCCUUCUGUGCCCAGCGUUUGUACUUGCCUCCCCCACCAGUGGGCCUGUUGUACCUGUGCAGGCCCCAGGAGAGCUGCAGGGGCCUGCCAUACACUCCCAGCCCACCCUCACCCCAGCCUCUUCCCCACAUUAGGGGUUUCUUGGAAGCUGGCUCUCACUCCCCUCCACCCUCUAGCUAGAGGUAGGAUAUCCCUGACUCUUGGGCUCCCAGCCCUAAAACUCACUGCCUCCCCCAAGGGCCCCCUCUAAGGAGAGUGUGGGGGAGCCCUGAGGGCUGCCUCUCUGCCAGUCAGCCACAGAGACCCUCCUCCUUUCACGAGGAAAAGACCUUCCCCUGAAUCCCUAAAAAUGUUUACAGUCUCUGCUGGUUCCCUCCGUGUAAAUACCACUACCACCCGUGCGUUAUCCAGCCCGCCCGGCCUGGCCCGGACGCUGCCAUCUCUCUUUCUGGGAGUUUAGACAAUGUUGCCCUUGGAUUUUUUUCUCUCUCUUAAUUUCUCCCUUUGCUUUGGGGGGUAAUUGGAUAUUGGGAGGAGGGGUGUGGGGAGGGGUAAAGGGGUUUAUUACCUGAUCAUUUUCUUUAGGAAGGUUUUAGGGAAAAGAAAAUGGGGUGGGGGUGGGAGUGGUAAGGGGAGACCGGGGAGUCAGUUUCAGACAGUUCUCUAUGCUUAACUUAUUUAUUUAUUGCAUUUUACUUUUAAAGAGUUGGUCUUUUCUGUCUAAA